UGUUCACACCGAACUACCCGGUACGACAUGCGUGGUGCACUUACUUCAUGGAAGGACCUCACAUGUGUUUGAUAGAAGUUACUACAUUGUAGGAAAGGUAAAUCGUGGUAUCUACCUAGUAAACGUACUGAUUUGGUAAAUAUGGAUACUUCAGAGGCUGAAACACAGUUGGGGUUUGAAUCCGAAGAGGAUAGUGAAAUGUCUGAUGGAGCGUUACAAGAGGCAUUCGCUAAAGGAUUGCUGAAACCCGGUCUAAACGUUCCUGUGGAAGAAGCGAAAAAAUUGGCCAACAAUGUGGAGGGUAUGAAACAGUGUCUGGCUGAUUUCUGCAAGACUCUUCCAUGGGUCGAGAGGCUGAAUCUGACCAACCUACCAGUUGCUGACAUAGUUGCAAAAGCUGAAGGCAGGCUGGUGGCCCCUGACGGAGAAAUAAAUGCUGAAGAUGAUUUCCAGAGGGAGAUGUAUUUCUAUCGCCAAGCCCAGGCAACAGUUUUAGAGGCCUUGCCAAAACUCCGGAAGCUGAAUAUACCAACCAAGCGACCAACCGACUAUUUUGCAGAGAUGAGCAAGACUGACCAACACAUGCAGAAGAUCAGGAAAAAGCUACUCGUCAAGGCGACGGCAAUGGAAAAAUCUGAGAAGGCCAAGAAACUGAGAGAGCUGAGGAAGUACGGUAAAAAGGUUCAAGUAGAAGUCAUUCAGAAGAGGCAGAAGGACAAGAAGGCCAUGAUGACAUCUGUAAAGAAAUAUCAAAAAGGCAUGACAGACAAACUGGAUUUCUUGGAAGGAGAUCAAGACAAGGUGAAGAAAAGUACAGGACCAUCUAAAGCACAGCUGAAUAAGAAAGGAGCCAACUCAAAGAGGAAGUUCAAGGACCAGAAGUUUGGCUUCGGGGGCAAGAAAAAGGGCACCAAAUGGAACACCAAAGAAAGUCACAACGACAUGAGAGGAUUCCGUGCCAAGGUGGCACAUGGGAAGGGAGGAAAGGCAGGAAAGGCAUCUGGGAAAGGUGGAAAGGGCAAUAAGCGCCCGGGCAAGGAGGCCAGGAGGAAAACAAAAAGCAAGAAAUGAGACUUCCUCUCUUCAUCAAGAGACGUGGACCCGCCUUUUGUGUCCUCACACACAGAGAUGGACCUAAGAUUGGCUAUUUCUGCACAGUUCCGAUGGACAUGUUUUCUGCCAUUAUCUGAUCUUGGGCUCACACCGGAUGGUUCAUUUCUGACCAUUUCUUUCUUUUUUCCUUCAAGUAUAAAUGUAACAUAUUUUUUUGUGAGAUAUGUUCUUGUUUGUAUUUGUGUGAAAAGAAGGGUGUUGCAGGAAAUCUUUGAGAAUCACGUGAAGGAAGUUGGACUUGUUUCACACGUUUUAUUUUGUGACAGCCUUAAUUGUCAUUUUUAGCAAUGCCAUAGGCAAGCUUAGUAACUUCUGUAAUGUUUUUGUUACAAAAUGUCUAAUGUACAAGUAAAUACAGAGAAAUACUACA